GGGAGGGACGCGGUUGGAGGUGGGAGGGGGUGGGAAAAAAAAGACUUGGGUGCGUGGGGAUCACUUGUAGGAAACUGCCUCCGGGCAGCAGAGUUGCACCCAAAGGGUGGGGGAGGGGGGCCGCGGGGGAAUUAUACCAAAGUUGGAGGAGAAGCAGCGGCGGUCCAGAGUGCACAUUAGCCACGCGGGUCCCGGAGAAGCGGAGGAAGGGAAAGAAGAAGCGGCUGAGGAGAAGAAAGAAGAAAAGGAGGAGAAGGAAGAGGAAGAGGAAGAAGAGGAGAAGGCUGAAUUCUUUUGCACAAUGCCCUCCUUCGACGAGGUGUUGCAGAAGGCGGGCGAGUUUGGGCGCUUCCAGCGGCGGGUGUUUCUGCUGAUGUGCCUGACGGGCAUCACUUUUGCCUUCCUCUUCGUCAGCGUGGUCUUCCUAGGCAUCAGCCCGGACCACCACUGGUGCCAGGGUCCCAGCGCCGCGGAGCUGGCUGAGCGCUGCGGCUGGAGCCCCGAGGAGGAAUGGAACCGCACGGCUCCCCCGCGGAGCGCUCUGGAGUCGGGAGUCCGCUCCGACGGGCGCUGUGAGCGCUACGAGCUGGAAGCUGCCAACUGGAGCAGCGCUGCGGACGCCGCCGACGCUGCUGAGGGAGGUCUCAGCUGUAGCGACCCGCUCGCCUUCUUCCCCAACCGCACGGCUCCCCUGGUCUCCUGCCAGGGCAACUGGAAGUACAGCCAGUCCCACACCACUAUUGUCAGCGAGUUUAACCUGGUGUGCUCAAAUUCUUGGAUGCUGGACUUUACCCAGGCUGUUCUGAAUCUGGGGUUUCUGGCUGGGGCUUUUACUCUAUGCUAUGCAGCAGACAGGUAUGGAAGAAUAAUUAUAUAUUUAAUCUCCUGCUUUGGUGUGGGAAUAAGUGGAAUCGUUGUAGCAUUUGCUCCAAACUUUACUGUGUUUGUGAUCUUUCGCUUCCUGCAAGGUGUUUUUGGAAAGGGAACAUGGAUGACAUCUUAUGUUAUUGUGACAGAAAUGGUUGGUUCAAAACAGAGAAGAAUUGUAGGAAUUGUGAUUCAAAUAUUCUUCACCUUUGGAAUUAUAAUUAUCCCUGGGAUCGCCUACCUUAUCCCCAGAUGGCAAGGGAUCCAGCUAGCCAUCACACUGCCCAACUUUCUGUUCCUUCUCUAUUACUGGGUGGUUCCUGAAUCCCCCAGAUGGCUAAUCACUCGGAAGGAAGGAGAAAAGGCCUUGAAAAUUCUGCAGAGCAUUGCCAAGUACAAUGGGAAAUAUCUCUCACCAAAUUACUCAGAGAUCACUGUUACAGAUGAGGAGGUUAGUAAUCCAUCCUUUUUAGAUCUGGUGAGGACUCCCCAAAUGAGGAAAUGCACACUUAUUCUAAUGUUUGCUUGGUUCACAAGUGCAGUGGUUUACCAAGGACUUGUCAUGCGCCUAGGAAUUAUAGGUGGAAACCUCUAUAUAGAUUUUUUUAUCUCAGGAGUUGUGGAAUUGCCGGCAGCUCUCUUGAUUUUACUAACAAUUGAGCGUAUGGGACGACGCCUUCCCUUUGCAGUGAGCAAUAUAGUAGCUGGAAUUGCAUGCCUUGUGACGGCAUUCUUACCAGAAGGAAUACCAUGGUUGAGAACCACAGUAGCUACUAUAGGAAGAUUGGGAAUUACCAUGUCCUUUGAAAUUGUUUAUUUGGUAAAUUCAGAAUUAUAUCCAACAACCUUAAGAAAUUUUGGUGUUUCAUUGUGCUCAGGAUUAUGUGAUUUUGGUGGUAUUGUAGCUCCAUUCCUGCUGUUCCGGCUAGCAGCCAUCUGGCUAGAACUACCUCUUAUCAUUUUUGGUAUUCUUGCAUCAAUCUGUGGAGGGCUCGUCUUGCUCUUACCUGAAACAAAGGGUAUUGCCUUACCUGAAACAGUGGAGGAUGUAGAAAAGCUUGCCAGCCCACAUCUCUACAAAAAAGGCAAGAAGAAGAAAAGUCAAGUAACGGGCAUUCACACUUGAGUCCUUGCCAAAGACUAAAGAGGGUAUUUAGUGUGAAGUUGCGCCCUGGGAACCUGGGUCCUGUCACAUAUUCCUUUGAAAUCAGUCAAACACAACUUACAAGGAUAUGUGUUUCAUUUUCAGCUGCAUUCUAAUAAUUCUAUGAACAAGUUCUCUGUACUAUAUAUAUUGUAUUUCAAUUAUGAUAGAUAGACUUUUAAAAUAUCCAGUGUAUUUUUGUAUAAUAUUAGAAAGAACAGGCAUUUCUUUUUGGGAGAAUGGGACAUGUGGCCAUAUUAGUAAAGAGCCACUUCCUUGAGCAGCUUUCAUGGAGCUAAGAAAUUUUCUUUGUAUUGGAGUUGUUCACUUCUGAUACAAGGAGAGAAAAAGAGCUCCAUGGUGAAUGAGAAAACAUGCCUGCCCCAUUCUGAUGAGGAUUCCUCCAGCAAGUCAGGAUAUGCGAACAAGCAGAAUUUAGGAGUGAUGCUGGUGACAUGAGCAGCAAUAAUCCAAUUCAAUUCAACAAGAAAAAAUUUGGAGGUGACUUCAUCAAAAUCUGGCUGACCAAUGAAAGUGCCAUGUUUAAAAUAUUUUUAAAAGACCACAGAAGACCAAGAUUUAGGAACCCUGAUGUUGGAAUCCUAAAUAUAUUGGACAACACUGUGCUGAGCCUUUAGCAUCUAUUCUCAUCUUGAGCACUUGGUGUAUAACAUUCACUAGUUUGGUUUUUCCUUUCUCUCCUAUCAGGUUCUAUAAAUCUUAGCUUGGUUUAGGCAUUGUGCCAAUUAUAAAGGUUCAUUUGCAAUACAGGUUGAUAUUUUGGCUAGAUUACUUAUUACUCAAAAUUAACUCUGAGAUUAUCCAAAAAGAUUAUUAUUUUUUUUCUUGCAGUGGACACCUAGAGCCAGAUUUUUAUUAGUCCAAUGAGAAGGAACUGUGGAGGGGAAAAUGGUCUUCACUACUGAUGAGUUCACAGUUCUCUACAUUUUCAAAGGCUGACGUGAUUUAUUAGGUUUGUUUCUUGGUGAUAGCUAUAUUUAAUAAGGCACAGAGAUUUCUUAUUCACUUCUUCCAGUAUUCACUUAUUCAAGGACUGAACCAAUGCUUAAUGCAAAAUAAAGAGUAUGUACAGCCUUGCUUAGACUAAUUAGCAUCCAGUUUUGUAAGUGCUCUUAGAGGUCACAAAAUGUCCUUGAAUGACAUCAGGGUUUUUUGGUAUGCUACUCUGUAUGUUAUACUUUUGGGCCGAGUAUGUACCUUAUAUGGUAUUUUUAAUAUUAUUUUUCUGGGAACAUGAGGUAGAGGGAAACUAUAGGGCAUGAGAUCUAGACAAUAUUAGAGAGAAUUUCAAUUAGAGUAUGCAUAUAUAGAUAUAUAUGUACACAAUAUGUGUGCUAAUCACAAUUGAAGCUUUUAAUCAUUAUAUCACAACUGAUUUAAAUUUUAAAUGUACAUUUUAUAAAAUGUGUCAAAUAAUUUGCCUUGGAUUUUAGUCCUAGAGUGUGGCUUCACUAAUUCGUAUUUGUAUUGCUGUUGCCUUUUUUCCCUUAAGAGCACUAGCUUUAAGAGGACUUUAACAUUUUUUUAAUAUCACCUCUGUAUCUUUAAGCUAUUUUACCUCCAAUAACAAUAAAAAAUGAUAAAUUGGCAAGAAAAAAUUAAUAAUGAUUCUCUUCUCUCUUCUCACCUUUAGGAAAAAUUCACAAAGCAAAUUAGUAUGAUCAGUUUUCCCACACAUCAAAAUAGUUUUGCCUUUCAGCUUCUGGUCAGUAAUAAACAUGUCCUUGUCUAGAGAUAAGGAAAAUAAGGUAAAAGCCUUUUCUUAAAACCUUUUAGGUCUUAGCUUCUGGAUUCCUCUUACUUUCUAAGGUGUUUCAAUAAUGAGCUUAACUCACAAUUCUACCUUUUGUCUCAUUUUGGAAUAUUUGUAGCUUUCAGGAUUUUUCCAGCAGGGCAUCUUCAGUCAUCGGCCAACUUCCUGCUGUCCCUAGGAAGUGACAGGCAUAGUGGAAGGACCACCACAGCCCAAAGACAUGGAUUCAAAUCCUAGUUCUGCCUCUUACUCCUUGUGUGACCUUGGGCAAAGCACAACCUUUUAACCCUCGUUUCCUCAUCUCAAAAAUGUUAAGAUAUAUGAAGAAAGUAAUUUACAAACCUUAAAGCAUAAAGAAAUAUAAGCCGUCAACCCCUAUUUGAUUUAGAUUCUUAGGGCAUCGAGGCUUGACUGGAGAUAAAUUUCAAAGUGGUAGAUGUCUAACGUGAUGUUGCUUGGUGUGUGAGUUUUAAAGUUAACAGCUGCAAUGCUCUAAUGUUUCUGAUACUAACAAGCUGUAUGACUUUGGACAGGUUGCUUAAUCUCUCAAAGUAUUAGCAUCCGCACAUGGGAAAUUCAGUGAUCAGACUCAAUGAUAUUUUUAAGUUCCUUCCCAUUCUGAAGUUCCAAGGCUUUUCACAAAAUGAGUUACAACUACAGAAUCAUAUAAUUUUGCAUCUUCAAUACCACCUAAUUCACUCCUUUAAUUUUGUAGCGAAAGAAAAUGAGACAGUUAGGUUAAAUGACCUGUCCCUAAAUCACUCAAGGAGGGAUGUACCCAAUGUACUGUUGGCCUUCUCUGCAUCUAUUGAUAUUGUGUGGAUUCUAGUGGGACACAUGAGACCCCUUCCUCUUUCUACAUGACUGGCCCAUCACCUUUUUUCACACACCUUCACUGAGAUCUUUUUAUGCUACUUCUCCUGUGUAAAUCCUUUUGGAAAUAUAUUUACACCUACCUUGUGGUUCUCCAUUAGAAGUUUAAGUGGCCUGAAACUUUAAUCUCUCAAAGACUUUGAUACUUCAUGAUAUCUAUGAAAUACACAUGGCAUGACUGGAAGACUACUACCAGCCUGAAGCUUUCAAAUGUCUCCAUCAAUAUUCUGUGUGGUACAGAGGUUGCAUUCACAGUUGCUUUGCUGUGGUUUAUGUCCAUCUCUUCAUGACCCCAUUUGGGGUUUUCUUGGCAAAGAUACUGGAGUAGUUUUCUAUU